AUGUUGGUGCCGCCACAAACCGGUACAACCAAUACGACGUCGACUGUAUCGCCAACUGCUGCCGCGCCUCUAACGAUAAACAACGCCAGCGCAUCUUCGACUCUUCCGUUGAUACCCACAGCUCCGCCACCCGAAGCAUUCACCGUGCCGAUAUCUCCCAAGGUAUCCCCGUGGAAUCACCCUUGGCCCGCACCCACAACGGCAAUGAGCGACCAAGAUGCGUGCCCAGUCGACUGGAACUUCAUCCUUUCCAAGGCUCCACACAUACGUCAAGAUGAUGUAGCCACCUGGGAGAGCCGCAAGCCGGGGGCGAAAGACGGAGAGCAACCUUCUUGGAACGAACUUUCGAAAGUCUUCGACGUUACCCUAGAAGCGGUCCGCAAGCGUGCUAAGAAAGUCACGCUUGCACUUUUUAAGCUUACUGGGGUCUACUUUUCCAACUCUGCUGCAGGAUUAGAGGAGUUUGGCAUAUCAAAAGCGCCUACUGGACUCCAAGAGAAGAAGAAGAAGAAAGCGGCAGCCACGAUGGCACCCGUUGGACAAGGACCCCAAAUUGAGGAUAUCAAACAGGCCAUGAUCCAGUUCAUUCUGAAACCACCCGCUUCCGAAUGCAAUGACCGCUGCAAGGAGUGCUGCACCAGCGGUAAAUGCUACGAUCACAGCUGUAGUAUUGCUAUGGACUGCUGCAAGCAAUGCUGCGGGGAGAUAUGGUAUUGUCAUGGAUGUGACGACGACCCAGAAGGGGAUUGCGACAUGCCGUUCUGUGGAGAAGAGGUUUGCCAGUGCCCAUGUGUGCACAAGCCGACGCCGGAACAUUCUGAAGCUCGUUGGAAAGCCUACCUACAAAAUGAAGGCGCUCCAUUUGGCUGCCCAGAUCCCGGACAUCAGAAUGUUGUCACUAUAUAUGUCCCGACUAAAGACAUUGUACCAUACUGCGCCAAACCUCUCCCCAAUACGGUACUUUUAAAUGUUGAACUUGAAGACUUCAAGUUCUUCCUCAAGUAUCUGCCCUCAACGGAUGGUGAACACGGCAGGUCUAUGGGUCAGAUUUUCCGCGCUUACUGCUGUGCGCGGGCCCUUAAUUCUGACGGUGUUGCGGAAAAGAUCAUCAAGACGCUUUGGAACAUUCUCUACAAAGAGCAGGAGCUUCUCAGGGGAUACCGGUCUGGACUGUACGCGGUGAUGUCAAGGGUCGACGUGCCCUUAAGGAUCAUGGAUUUUGAGGCUGAGGAUAUUGCGUAUCUAUAUACUCACACCAAGCCUAGUGAUCCGAUCCGGGUAUCCCUAGCUGACAUCGUCCGAUCGAAAGGAGAAGUCGGCCUAUCAAAGGUACGAGAAGAGCUGGGCAGGUACCCCGGACAGUUUCUCUGGGAUAUUGGGAUGCGAGUCUCCUCUCAACCGAACGAGAACCCCCAAACUUCCAAUUCCGUGAUGGAUCUUGGUCCUGGGGCGCUUUUUGGGCAUUUGAAGUGCUGUUCAACGCACACCAGGUUGGCGAAAACCGCCGAAGAGCUCAGGCUUGAGCUCGAAGACGCAGAGCUUUGUAUCUGGGGUGAAUACAGGUUUUUGGGGUGGAAAGAAAGCAUUUAG